AUGUGGCCGUUAUCACCGUUAUCAUUGUACAUCCUACCCUUCCUUCUGUCUCUUGUGUCUGCCGUCGUUCUACCCACAAGUCCCGCCAACUCCACUUGCAACCAGCAGUGCCAAAUCGACAAGAAUCUUGGCCCGGAGUUGUCGAGACAUGCAUCGAUCGUGCACACCACCUCCGCGAUUCCAAGAUGGAGCGAUUUUGACGCGCCAAAUCCCGGUACGGUUGUGAAUGUGGCAUCGGAACAUGAUGUGUUAUUGACAGUCAAAUAUUGUAUUGCACACAAUCUGCGCUUUCUGGCCCAGAAUGGCGGAAAUGCCUGGGGUACCACCUUCACCAUAGGACAGAAUGACGUGCUCAUCAACCUGAGAGGCAUUCGAAAAAUCCGAUUCAAUGCCAACAAAACUCAGGUCACGUUCCAAGGAGGAGCUAUUGUAUCAGAGGUCGUGGAUGCCGCCUACGGAAACGGAACGCAAGUGUUGACAGGCAAUUGCAACUGCAUUGGGACACUUGGUGCAGCUCUUGGCGGCGGAUAUAGCCGUCUGAUGGGUUUGUAUGGAUUCGGGGUUGACAACAUCCUCUCCAUGAAUCUUGUGACACCGUCCGGUACCGCUAUCGAGGUGGGGCCCAAAGAUACAGACCUCUGGUGGGCUCUUCGAGGCGCCGGUCCCAAUUUCGGCAUUGUCACCUCCGCAACGAUGAAGUCCUAUCCUGUCCCAACUGCGCAGAACGGUGCCUGGCUUGGCCCACUCAUCUUCACGGAAGACAAGAUCGAAGCGCUUGUCCAAGCCAUCAACGAUCUGGAUCUUUUACCUCCCAUGGCCAUUUUUCUGUACUUUGCAACCUUGCCACCGAACAACACGGCUACCGUCAUCGCGAUCCCAUUCUAUCUUGGCAAUGAGACCCAGGGCAAAGCUGCCUUUGCUUCCAUUUCCGCCGUAGGUCCAGUUGCGGAUGAGACUGCCUGGAUACCUUACAACCUUAUCAAUGCAGGAAGCGACACUUUCUGCGCGAAGGGAGGCCGAAAACCUUCAUACGGUGCUGGCUUUGCGCAAAUGGAUCCUGCGACUUGGCGCUCGAUUUGGAAUGAAUACAACACCUUCAUACAGAAUCCAGGUACGCAGAACACAAGUGUCUUGGUGGAGUGCUACUCGUUAUAUAAAGCCACGUCGUUCGGCAACGCAUCGUCCUCGUACGCAUUCCGUUCAUCUAUCAAGUACAAUGCUGUAGUCAACACCUGGUAUGCGGAUCCGGCUUUGGAUUCCAGAGCGGAGGCAUUCGGCUCUGCGGUCCGAGAUCUAUGGCGGUCCACUGAUAAUUUGCCUUCAAAUGAGACCUACAUCAACUAUGCCAAUGGUGAUGAGCCUUUGGAAACCGUCUAUGGAGGGAACGUUGCAAGAUUGCAGAAGAUCAAGCGAGAACAUGAUCCGCGAGGACGGUUCAAUCAAUUCUUUCCCCUUACAAAUGGAAACGCGCUACGGACAGGAUCACCGAGCUCGCCGCCAUCAUCUCCCAGAACACGGAGCGCAUCAGUAACUACCUUGAACGGACACGACCUGCCGCCGUUAUCGUUCGCAGCCGACGCGCCCCCGGGCUUACCGGAAGUGCUGGCGAGCGCACGCGCUGCCGUCGUGGAGGCUGCCGACGAGCUCAAGCUGCUCGUGCAAGGGCCGAAGGAGGCACUGCAAUCCGAAGGGGUUCGCUUCCCCUUUUUCCGCGAUGGUGGCACCGAGUGCAUCGAGAUGUUGUUCCUGCACGUCGUCGUGGACUACGGCAUCGCCCGAUCCUUCCCCGUCGGGCAGGAAGCGACGUUUGCGGACAUCGGCGGGGCGUGCGGGCUCGGGGAGCGAGAGGUCCGUCGCGUGCUCCGCCAUGCCAUGACGAAGCGUGUGUUUCGGGAGUCGAGGAAGGGCGUCGUGGAGCAUACCGCCGCGUCGAGGCUGUUGGCGCAGGAUGAGGCGUUCGCCGAUUGGGCAAAUGUCAAUCUCGGGGAGGCCUGGCCGGCGGCAGCUCAGACGGUCAAUGCGAUGCGGAAGUGGCCUGGGUCGCAAAGAGCAGCUCAGAGUGGCUUUUCCUGCUCCAGGGGUACGGACGACACGCUCUUUGAUUACUUGGGCAAGCAUCCGGAGCGAGCGACAAAGUUCGCCAGCGGUAUGUCGGCCUUCAGUACAGGGCCUGGGUAUAAACUGGACCACAUCGUCGACGAUCCGCUCUGGACCGACCUUGGAGAAGCCGUCGUUGUGGAUCUCGGUGGUUCGACGGGGGAGGCGAUGAUUGCGCUCACGAGCAAAUUCCCUCGACUCGUCGCCGUGGUGCAGGACUUACCGAAUCCUAUCGCUAGGCAUCUCGUGCCUCCGACUGCGAUACAGGGACGAAUUCGGUUCAUGGCCCAUGACUUCUUCAACGAGCAACCUGUCAAGGACGCCGAUGUGUACUUUUUCCGCUUGGUGUUGCAUAAUUGGUCCGACGAAGAUUGCUCCCGGAUCCUCAGAGCGCUCGUGCCGGCGUUGAAACCUGGGGCCAGGAUUAUCGUCAACGAGUGGUGUCUACCGGAAAUACACACGAUUUCCAUCAUGGAGGAACGAAGAUUGAGGGCGAUGGACAUGCAUAUGCUGUCGCUUCUGAACGCGCGAGAGAGGGAUAGCGAUGACUGGGCAGAUUUGUUCAACCAUGCCCACCCAAAGUUCCAACUGAAGAGUAUCACAACACCUAGAGGAUCAAACCUCUCAGUUAUAGAAGUCGUAUGGACGGGCUAA